AUGCAACAGGGAAGCGUGGGUUGCGACGGGGACUCGGCCCCGUCGCCCAAUCACGGUAGAUCACCGAAAAACACAAAUCCAACCGACACCGACAAUCGUAUCCGCGUGAAAGUUGAAGUGACCGAGUCAACGGACAUUUUCGAAGUGAAGAGAGAACCGCAAGACGAGUAUCACGCUGCUCAACACGAUUUUCACUACGACAGAAAAUCUAUGAUACCUUCGACGAAACUCGACGGGAACAACGAUAUCACGGCACAAUGUCAAACGCAACAUCAACCGUAUCCACGUCCAUUAGCCGCUGGACUUGCGAAUUCUUACGGAUUUCCACAUUUUUACGGACCACCAGCACUCUUGCCACCGUCGUUUCCAAAUGUUAGACCGUCGCCAGAUAGAUCGAUUAACAAAAUGGAGGAGCACGAACGUGAACAUGAACGUUAUAGAGUGCCUGUGACAGGUGUCGCCAGUGACAGUGUUUUUCUGCAUCAUGAUCAUACGCAUAGGUUUGACGUUGGUGAUUUUCACGGGAAGGGGUAUCACGGGAUGGCUUACAGUGGUUUUCGGCCAACGAUGCAGCAACGUGCGCCGGUUUAUGGACAUCAGAACAAUAGUGGCUACAGGGCUGCGCAGUAUCAGAAUAGGAAGCGCAAGUGGAGCGGCGCUGCGCUGCGUGGAAUGCCGCCAUCGAUGCCUUGGCCGACGUGGUUCUAUCGGCCAGACUUUCCUCUCGGCACACCACUGCCCACCAGCCACGUCUCAAACGCCAGCAGUGUUCCAACUUCGUCGCCUUUGUCCUCCAGGACUCACUCGGAGGCGCCCAAGGCACUUGACUUUCUCGACAGCACCAAGAUCCAUGGACAGACACCGACAAUAUGCACGUCUAUCAGAUGCACUGUCAACGGAUGCUCCUGCGACUCGUUCACCCCAGGGAAGCGGCACAUCCGGUACUGCGACAGGUGCCACCAUGGAUGGGUGCUACACGAGGAGCCAUACCAGCAGUACCUAAUGGUAGCACAGGGUCGUAGGUACCAUCUGCGUCUCCAUCUGCGCGUUCGAUUCGGCAGCUGGAAGACGAAGGAAGGAAUGGAGGAGAUCGGUUCCGGGGAAAUGAUUAUGGAAAUGAAACGAUGA